AUGCCGGCGCCGACAACGCAGGCUAAGUCGACAACUGAGAUUGCCAAUGCGGGUUUCUCACACAUCCAGUCCACCAAGACAAGCGCAGCACGCACCUCUCCGGACUUCCUCGUGCUUGUACUCGACAUCAACCCACUGUCAUGGACGCGACGGUCCGAAGCACUCGGGAAGGGAAAAGGAAAGGAAGUGUUAAGCGAUGUAGCUUUGGAAGAUGCACUCUCAGCAAUCAUGAUCCUGCUCAACGCGCACAUGGCGAUGCAACAUGAGAACGGACUGGCAAUCUACGCUGCUGCAGGAAUGGGCACCGCACAGCUUCUCUACUCGACCGCGUCAUUCUCUGCGAAAGCUUCACUCUCAGGCUCAGCGAGCGCUUCGGCAUCUUCGAGUGCUCACAAGCCCGAUGCGAAUACAUAUCAGCACUUCAAGCUGGUGGACGACAACCUUGAGCAAGGCAUUCGUGAUACAUGCAGGUCGAUGUUCGAUCGAGCUCGACAAGCGCAAGAAACAAUCGAGGCUAAUGCGGGCAACGAAGCGGCGAAACAUGCAGCUCUUGCACGGUCUGUCAACGUCGGUGUUGUCUCCGCCCUAUCACAAGCACUGUGCCAUCUUAAUCGGCUUGGCUUGAGCGAUGCUUCGGAUGCAGCCAACACUGGUGGCAGUAUCGCUGCAACGGCACAGACAAGAGCAGGCAGCGGGAACUCUUCAGGUGGCGGCGGAGGUGGUGGUACUGCUGGCAUCGGAAGCUUCAAGUCUCGUAUCCUAAUCCUCAGUGUCACGCCCGAUGCGUCGACGCAAUACAUCCCGAUGAUGAACUGCAUCUUUGCAGCUCAGAAGAAAGGCAUCACCAUUGACGUCUGCAAGCUCUUCGGUAGCGAUACGGUGUUCCUUCAGCAAGCAUCUUACCUCACAUCGGGGACGUACUUCCGCCUUUCCGACGAUUCGGACGCUCUGAAGGUCAACGGAAAGGAGGGUAUAACAGAUAUGCGGUCGAGUUUGGUGCAGACGCUAUUGACGACAUACCUGCCGUCGAGGUCGAUGCGAGGAGUUAUGAACCUGCCGACGCUGGAAGAGAUUGACUUCAGAGCGGCAUGCUUCUGUCACAGGAAGAUUGUAGAUAUCGGAUAUAUCUGCAGCGUCUGCUUGAGCUUAUUCUGUCAGCCGAGGCCGUUCUGUCUGACAUGCAGGUCUAAAUUCCCCAAAGACACACUGGGCAGGUACGAGAAGGAGCUCGAGUUGACGGCAGGUAUGGAUGUCACUGCGAUACUUGAUUGA